AUGCCUUCCUUACCGGAGGACACAGUCGCCUUCAUCGGCAUCGGCGUGAUGGGAUACCCGAUGGCAAAGAACCUGCGUGAGGGACUGGAGCCUACAAAGACUCUACUUAUUUGCGACGUCAGCAAGGAAGCUCUAGACCGCUUUCAAGCUGAGACGGUGGGCAAAGGGCCCGUCGAGGUCGUCAAGAAUGGCUUUGAAGCGGCAAAAGCAGCUAACACGGUAAUUACGAUGCUUCCGGACUCCAAGGUGGUCAAGGCAGUCUACCUGGACCCUGAAACCGGCAUUCUCGCCGGCGCAACAUCGGCACCAGCACCAGAAGGAAAGCUCAUCAUGGAGUGCGGCACGAUCGAGACGGACACCAUCCACGCAGUAGCCAAGGCGGCCCAGGAGUCCAGCAGCGCCUCCACGCCGCUGACCUUCGUCGACGCCCCCGUGUCGGGCGGGCCCAUGGGCGCCGCCGCGGGCACGCUGACCUUCAUGGUGGGCUGCGAGCCGGCCGCGUCCGCGGCCGCGUUCCCGGCCGCCAAGUCGCACCUGCGGCACAUGGGCAGCGAGGAGGGGAUCUUCCUGUGCGGCGGGGUGGGUGCCGGGACGGCGUUCAAGGUGAUCAACAAUUACCUGAGCGCCAUCACGUCGCUGGCGGCGUCCGAGGCGCUCAACAUCGGGGUCAAGGCCGGGCUGGACCCGGCGCUUCUGACAGAGGUGAUCAACGCGAGCGGCGGGCAGUGCUGGGUGACGAGCAAGAGCAACCCCGUGCCGGGCGUGCAGGCGGGCGUGCCCAGCAGCCGCGGCUACGAGGGCGGGUUCCGCAUCGAGCUCUGCGCAAAGGUGCUGGCCAUGGGCUCGCGGCUGGCUGAGAUGGUCGGGGCUCGCACGGUGUUGGACAAGCCGACCUUGGGGGCGUUUGGGGAGGCGAUGAAAGACUCGAGAUACCAGGGGAAGGAUGCAAGGGUGGUAUAUAAGUGGUUGAAUGAGAGUGAGAAGUAG